AUGGCUUCCGAACAAAAUAGCCAGCCGGUCUCCUUAGAGCACAUGCUUUACAAGCUGGGUGGCCCUUUCCGGCUGCUGUCACGGCCCCUGCGGGUGUGUGAACCCUGUGUCGGCAUCGGGGGCCUGCGUCGGCUGAUUCUGGCUUGCGGAGGUCAGUAUGAAGCCACCGCAGCUUACGAUGUGGAUAUUGCCUUAGGGGCUUUCUACAGCAGCCUGCAAAAGCACAAACCUAGUGCGGCAGGGGAGAACUUGGCCAAGGUUCACAUCGGCCCAUUGCAGGGGGACAUUCUGAAUUGCUCCCUGCUCGAAAUGGAAACCUGUGAAGCCUUGGUGGGAGGGCCUCCGUGCCAACCGUGGUCGGCGUCCGGAGAAAAAGCCGGCUGUGAGGAUGCCCGUGCGGAUGUUAUGGACCAGACCAUCAACAUGGUCAUCGAGCAAGCAUGGCGAGGUCAGCUAUGCAUUGUGGUCAUAGAGAACAGCAGCCUUCUGCUGACAAGUCCGUUCCUUGCUGAGAUCAUGAGGCGGUUGGAGAUCUCGGUACCCUUCUUCCGGUGGGAAGUAUGCAAGAGUGAUCUCUCACGAAUUUUCCCACACUCCAGGGAGAGAUGUUGGUUGCGAGGAAUGCGUCGGGAUGCAAUGCUAGCAUCCGAGCUGCCAGCACCGUUGCAGAGGGAAGACCUGGAAGGACAUAUCCCUCUACAGAGCCUGCUGGACACUGUGGUGCAGCCAUUUAACCCCAUCAAACUCAGCAAGAACCAACAGUGCAACCUGGUUGCUUACAUGGAACAAAUACGGAUUGAUGCUGCGAAGGGUGUUGCAGGGCAAAUUGCUUUGUUCGAAGUAGACAGGUCUCCCUUUAAAAAGUUUGGGACGAAGAUGAUGUAUGACCGCUGCAUGGCUUUGCGAACAACAGGGCCCCCGAUUUUCAUGGUGAUGACCAGCGAGGUUGACAAACCCUGGUCGGAGCACACACUGCAUCGUUACCUUUCCUUGGAGGAAAGAUGUAAGGUCCAAGGCCAUGAAGCGAGUUUGGCCCUUCACUUUCCAACAAAGGCGGCUUUGCUCAGGGGCACGGGGAAUGCUUUCCACCCGUUACACCUGGCCUCCAUGCUCAUGCCCAUGGUCCGAGAGGCAUAUCUCACCGGUGUGUUGAGCCGGGCUGGCCCCAACAGCCUGUCCAGCCAGCAGUUGCUUGAGUUGUUGCCUGGGACAGAAGAAUUGUUGGCCGGGUCGCUUUGGUCGGCAACAGAGGCGUUCUCGGAGUUCGUCAAGACUCCACUAAAGACCGUGCAACAGACAUCCAACAUCAGGAUCGGAAUCAGACUGCGAGGCAAGCAAUGUCCUGCGGCUACAGUUGUGGUAGGUGCAAAACCAGCCCAGACGUGGCCUGCAGAAGUCUUGCGGAAGCAAGCGAAGCGGACCUUGGUGCUAGACUUGGCCAGCCCUCAGAAAGCCACGAGGAGAAGGACUCUUAGCCAGAAUUACAAUUAG